UCCAUGCAUCCAUGCAUGCGUGCUUGCAUCCAUUCAUCCACCAGCACAUGUGCUUCGGGCGCGAACUCACGCUCACAGCUUGAAUCGAAGCCCUCCGUAAUAGAGCCAAUGGCGACUGUCUACUUCCAUUCCCUUAGCUACUGAUCAGCAAUAAUCGUUCACAAGCACAGACCAAAAGCGCGCUGCUCCGUACCAUCGCCCCUCGCGCACAGAUUACGGCACCCUUUCAGGUACAUCAUGACUUCAAGUCUAUCCGUCACUUCUUUGGAUCACUUCCGCGGGCUCACGGGAAGAUCGGACGUUGAAGGACUCGUGGCUGUAGUGACAGGCGGCAACGCUGGUCUCGGACUGUAUGCGGCGCAAGCUCUUGCCUUGAACGGCGCAAAGGUGUACAUUCUUGGUCGCAGGGACGACGUUCUACAACGUGCGGCCAGUUCUUUGAAUGGCGUGAAUUCGGUCCAGGGCACUUUGAUACCCGUACAAGCGGACGUCACUUCGAAGGAGUCGCUGAAGGAGGCAGUCGGUGCCAUAGAGAGCCAGCAGGGAGAAAGAGGCAUCGAUAUCUUGCUUUGCAACGCAGGUACGCCCCGUUUGGAAGGGGUCUCGAGAGCAGGAACAGCUGCUGAUGAGCUGCUGUCAACGUUCUAUGCGCUCACUCGCAGGUGUUUCCGGGAAGAUGAUGGUGCGGUAAUCAGACUUGACGCCAUCCUCUGUCGUCUCUGCAGCUUAUACGCGCUCGCUGUCUUUUCACCGACGUAGAAGAACUAUGGUAAAGAAGGAUACGACACGACGAACUUUGAAGCAAUCGUAUCGGAGUUAGACUCUUUCUCGCAGGAUGACUUCGACCACAUCUUCCACGUCAACGUCAUGGGCCCCUACCUCAGCUCCAUA